AUGCCCCCGGCAGACACCACCACCCUCCGCCCCCAUCCGGCUACUCUCGACCACCCUUUCAACCUCGUGCCAAUCGACCGUCAGCAAGAUCUUGGUACGGCACUCUCAGAACUAAGAUAUGGUGUCGUCUACGGAUCCCUUUGCACCAUACAGAAACCCGAACUUGGCAGUACCGCUGGUAUCCUGCAAGCCAUUGCUUGA